GGCUCACUCUCUCUGCUAAGACAGACAACACCCACACCCACUAGAGGAGUCUAUACCCAGAGGAACCUAAACUCUGCUGUCUUGGAAAGGAGUCAUGACCAAAGAGAUUGAGACUCUGGGAUUGGUCCUUCAGAACGAGAGUUUCAACUACCAGUGUUACAGUAACCUCAUCAUGGACUCCUGGGCCUACACAGACAGCCUACUUACCUACGACCAGUGCAAGACACCCAAAGAACAGAAAAUGGUUGCAUGCAGCCGAGGCAGCAGUAUGUACAAGCCAGAGAGGACACUGAGUGGCUCCUCCCCCGAGCUGGUCUCCCUGGAGACGCCUACCAACAUCAUCAACGUUUCUUCCAGCCACCCCCAGGAGGCGCUGGACCUCAACAGCAAGCUGUCGUCCCUCUGCCCUCCCUCUGUCCCUCAAAACUCCAGCGCCGACACCUACGACAAGCAGGCCAUCAACAACAUGUUUGACUCCCUGCUCUCCCAGAAGUGGCCCACAGAGACAGCCUUCCCUGAGGCCACCGCUGAGCAGGCUCUACCCUACAGUGAUCCCUUUACCAAGCAGCCCAGUCCAGUGUACUCUGACUCCUACACCAACUCCCCUCCAGAGAGAUACAGGAAUGAUUUCCAGUUCGUUUUGGGAGCCCCUCAAGCCACCCAGCACAAGUCGUCCCAGCUGCCCAUGGUUUACCUCAACAAGGGCCAGUUCUACCCUAUCUCCCUACAGGGGGUGGACAGCCCGUCCUCCAACAAAGUCAAGACGGUGGUCAUGGCGGUGUUUGAGAAUGAUAAGAGUGCAGAGAUCCAGCUGAGGUGCUGGAAUCACUGGCACGCAAGGCAGCCGACCGUUAAGCAGAGGGUCAUUGACAUCGCUGACUACAAAGAGGUGUUCAGUGGCAUCAGCCAUGUGGAAGAGGUGGCCUUCAAUGCUCUGUCUUUCAUUUGGAACCCCAACGAGGAAGGGAAGGUGUACAUUGGCAUUAACUCUCUGAGUACAGACUUCUCCUCUCAGAAGGGGGUGAAGGGGCUUCCUCUCAACCUCCAGAUCGACACCUAUGAUUUCAGCACCGGCACCAACCGCCUCAUCCACAGAGCUGCUGUCCAGGUCAAAAUCUUCUGUGAUAAGGGUGCAGAGAGGAAGAUGAGGGAUGAGGACAGGAAGAGGAGCAAGAGGAGAGGCAAAACUGUCAUCGACUCCAAAACCAUCAAGUCAGUAGUGUCCAGCUCCAUGGGAAGUGACAGCACCUUCUUCAAAACCCUGGAGGACCACGUCACCAACCCCGUCCUCUUCAUCCCAGAGAUGCACCUCUCCAACAUGCAGCGCUGUGGCCUGGUAGGUCUCCCUCCUCCCUCAUCUACUCCACCCUUCUUUAUCUUUCCUUUGGGAUUGAGGGAUCUUGCAGUUCACCACCACAACAGUGAGUUGAGUCAUGUUCCCUGCUAUCCCGGGACUGUAGCUCAAGGCUCUGGCACACACAAGGGGGAGGGGGAGGGGGAUGGUGUGGGAAAAUAA